UUUGAUGGUGCAGAGAGCCAGCAAAAUAUUUUGAGCUGCACUUUGAAAAACCGAAGAGGAUAUGAAAUUUUGAGGUUAUAGUUGAAAUUAUAGAGAAGAUUGCAACGAAAACGCAUUGCAAGGAACCUUGAUGUGGUUGCUCAUACUGUGAAAUAACGCUGUUAAAAAACAAAAAUGAUUAAGACAUCCACAAGAAGUAGUACAAAGACUCCAAUGGCAAGCAAGAGUCGAUUGCCUCUGCCCCAGAAAUAUUCCAAGAAAUCGGUUCCCACCCCAGGGUCCUGUCCCAAGGCACGCCCCGCCCCAAACUUCAACAAGAUCCACAAGGACUGGCAGGACAAAUUUGAGACAGGAAGAGUCUCUGGCAAGAAACCUUGCACUGUGCCUCGAGAAUUUGAAGUGACACGCCCGGGGACCAGAUUUACACACAAUGGUGACUCUGAUGGAGAGAGUCUGCCUGAUUUUGAGGCUGACCAGCUUGCCUUAGAGACAAUCUUAAAUGACCAUGGGGUCGGACAGAAUCGUAUCACAGGGCGAGCCACAGUGGCCACAGAGAAACCAAGCGCUGGUAAGAUGAAGCGAAGUCGGAGUGCCCACAGCAUUGGGAAGAGGAGAGUAUUCGGAGAGUUGGCAUGCGAUCCUGAACAGAAACAAAAUGGACGUCGCCGUAGCAGAAGUGCCAAGAAAGCACUUGAGUUUUCAAAAGAGUUUCAGAAAUCUGCAGAGUCAGAGUUCCAGCCAGAUAACCAGGCUAUGGAAAGCAUCCUGAAUGAGACGGGGAUAUCUGUAACUGACAACAAGGAUCAGGGACGGUUCACAUACGCCGGUCCAGCAGCCACUGCAGGACCAACACAGCAGAUCCGCCAGUCACUGUACUACGUUCCACAGACAGACAGGAUGUCCAUGGCCAAAGCUAUGACAGCUUACCAGAACCUGUUGUUGUCCAAACUGGACUCCAAGGGUGCUAAACUCCAAACACCUACAGAUGAGUCAGUGAACAAUGUCCUGGACAGGUACAACCACAGCCAGCAGAUGCCCAAGGUUGUCCAGUCUCCGUUUGGGAGGACAGUGGCUGCCCCUAUUAGAAACUCAAUUUAUAAAUCGUAUCAGAUCCAGUCUAAUCUACGCAGCCCUCAUCCCAAUGCUCCGACAGACAAAGAGGAAAUGGCUGAUGUUAAUUCCCGAACGCCUAAAAGGGUGAUGACACGGGAGGCACAGGGCAGUUCUAGGAGGGCACCCUAUAGCUGCAAAUCAUCCUCUAAGAAAAAUGUGAAAUGGGCAGAUGUCUUGAAUGAUGAAACUAGCUGUGAUGUUCCAGUGGCCUUUAAAAAGGAGAAGGUGAGUAAGAAGUCCCUGUUCCAGCCGCUGUCGGCCAAUGAUACCUUUGUGGACGACUACAAGGAGAACUCGGUGCCCGGGGGUGGGGAGGCUAGGCCCGAGGGGAGGGGACACAGUGACAGGAGAGACCAUGCUAAUGGUGAUGAUGCAACCACUGCUCUCCAGCACUACAGUGGUACGGCUGCUGGCGAUGAAUCAUCACAAACCGCCGCCACCGAAUCAUCUCCUUCAUCUGUGGCAGAGCUGGCAGUGUUGUCCAUGACUCAUCCUGCCAGCCUCUGUACCAGCCAGGCCAGUACAGCACCGCGCACACGACACCCCACCCAGGCAUGCUCCACGGGGCAUGGACACACUAGCGCACACCUCGCACCCCCACCCCCAAGCCACGCCCAGCUCACCACCCCCGGGAUUACACGAAACCAGGAUUUCUACAAAACAUUCAACCAUGGAAGCCAAGAUGUCAAAGGUUUGGCCAAGGUACCGUGUGUGGUGCCGUGCGGCCCCGUAAACCCCUACCCAGGCACCACGGCAUGGACAGGAUAUGGAGACAGUGCCGCCAACACUAACCGUCAGCAGCUUCAGGCAAUAGGAGAAAAGGUCCAGCUUGAACGUAAGAUUGAGCAAAAAGAAAUGGCAAUGCACACAGAUGAGACAGAGGAUGGACAGACACCUCAGCAGGGUGAAACUACUGCAACGGAGCAUGUGACUGGAACAACUGACACGCAGGACAGAGUCAGCAGAUUUGUGGGUCAUGUGAAACGCACAAGGAAAAGACAGAGCAUUGCCGAGCUAAACGAGAGCAUCUCCGAGUCUCAUGUCCAUCUACAGAGGCUAGAAGGGGAGAUAACUCGUUUACAAUAUGACGGUCAAGAAGAGAUACACCAAGGCAGUGGUACCCAAGAGACCACAAACAUCAUUUACCACUUGGAAAUGAUUCGGAAACAACAAGAGCAAUUGGUGUUACUUGAGCAACAACUCCAGGAGCAGCUGACCGGUCGAGGGCAUAGUGUCACACAAGGUCAAAACCGCACCAGUUCAGAGUGUGAUUCUCUCAAUGGAAAUAAUGCAUCUAAGGAAAGUGUUGCUAGGUCCCAAGGUCAUCUUACAAGUCAAGGUCAAAGCACUGUAUUUAGUGACACGAUGGUGUACAGUGGUUUUGAGAACAAUAAUGUGAUUGUGAAUCCUGCUGACAUACCAGUGUCUGUGACUUCACAGUACACACACACAGACUGUGAUACAACCAAGCAACCCUCAAGUGAACAUAGGAUGGCCCCAAACAUGGGUCCUUGGAUGUCCCCAAUCUUUACUCCACAGAACCAACGGGUGGCUGCCCAAAGUCACAGGGCCCCACCCUCACAAAUCAUCACAGAAAUGUCCACAGUGAGCGUGUGUGGUACCACUCCCACAGUGCGCGAGUGUGGUGCCGAACUACCAUGUCCAAUAGACCUGUCACAUGGGAGUAGGUCAGCUGUGUGUGACUCGCCCUACCAGGGGGAGACACUGGACAACUUGUCUAUGCCUCAGUCUCCAUACCGCACAGCCUUCUGUCCCACGACACCAAGUAUAGGCAACACUAACUCUGCCUUCACGUCAGUCAGUGGGUCCCCACUAGGUCUCGGCAGUCCCUUCAGAUCACUGUCACUCAAGGCAAGUGUGAUGUCCAGUCCUGCACGGUCAAGCCCCCUACGUAUGAUGAGACGUGAUGAGGAAAGUUUGCUACGUAAGGUCAGUGUUCGAACCAAUGAGCGCUACCUUGAGGCCCUGCUUGAUGACGAAUGUGCCCUAUAUGCUUACCGACUCCAGACACUCCGCUCUGAGGAGGAAAACCGAAUGGACAUCAGCAACCCAGUGGCCAGGGUGCUUUCUGAGGGUGAUGAUAUGCAUUUUGUGCCGAUCAUGGAGGAGGGUCCCCAUGCCAUCAGUUUGAGGGAGAACUCAGCAUUCUGUUGCUAUGCUCGAUGAGGGAGAACUUUGAGAACAGUGAGCAGGCAGAAGUAUGGCAGGUUUUGCACUGUGAAGGAGAAGAAAGAUAUCGCAACCUUGCACUAAUGCAUGGACCAGAGUUGACUCAACAAUUCAUAGACAGUUACUAGGAAAAAAACCUUCGUAAGGUUUACAGAUGAAACCAACCUCCAGUGAGGUUCCUUUUCACUGAAAAUGGUAAAUGUGUUACGCUGUGAUUUUUGAGGAGAAGUGUUUUCCACAAAGACAGAGUUGUUGUCCGCAGUCAGCACUAGAUUCACUUUGUUUUAGGAUCGACUUAUUUUACUUAGUUUUUGGAAUUCUUUUUGGCGAGAGCUGUAAGUUCAUUGAUCAGGAUAAACUAAUGGAGAUUGGAGAUACAUACAUGUCUACAUCCGACUUGUCAAAGAAGGUGGGAAUGUAUGUUGGAAAUUUACCAAGGAGAGUUUACAACAUGGUGUCAGCAAUAUAUAUGGUGUCAGAAAUUUAUUGAGGAGUCUGAAAUGCAACAUACCCAAUCAGGUUAUCAACAAACAAUGCAAAUUGUGGCAGGAUUGUGCUAUUAUGACAUCAACCUUACAUCACAAAUUCAGUGUUUUUUUCUUCACGAGAUCAAUGCUAUAUUUCAUCAGAUCAACAUUCUAGUUCAUGGACUCGACAUUAAUCAAUGGCAGAUAUAAUGUCAUAUUGCUUUGUUCUAUACAUUUACAUCUAUAUGUAUAUGCAAAUAAACAGACUUCCAUUUUUUGAAUGACAUACAGCCAGAUUAGGUCAAUAGCUGACCGUUUGACCACUGAGUGGGUACAGAACAGCAGUGAUUGUGAUUUGCAGAUGGAGACACGGGUCGACAAGUGUGGAAUUUAUCAAUUUUGCUUCGUUGUGGUCAUGGAAUUGUUGACAGUUAUUCAGUGGUUGAUGUCAUGUGACUUACAUACCUCAUUAUAAAUACUUAAUGUUUUUUACCCCAAGUUAUUUCCCUUGUCAAUUUUCGGACAAAUCCAAAACUAAUUGUUCCAUAAUGUCGUAGCAUAGAAGUGUGUUUUAUAGUUAGAUACUUCAGAGGAAAAUAUAGCCAAUAUGACUGUUCUACUUGAAGGUUAUAUCAACAAAUUAUAGUAUAUCUGUCCACACACUGUCAGACCCUAUUGUCCAUAUUGAUGUACCCAGCCCCAUUGUCAAUAAUGGUUACCUACCCUUAUCUUACCCCUAUUGUACAUAUUGAUGUACCCAGCCCCAUUGUCUAUAAUGGUUACCUACCCUUAUCUUACCCCUAUUGUACAUAUUGAUGUACCCAGCCCCAUUGUCUAUAAUGGUUACCUACCCUUAUCUUACCCCUAUUGUCCAUUUUGAUAUAUCAAUCUUCAUUGUUAUCCAUAACAAUAUCCUCCCCCUAUUAUCCACAUUGUCUCAACUCCAUUGUCCCCAUUGAUCACCCUACCCCCAUUAUUAUAUUCUUCACAAUGGUCGCCCCAUUCUUAUUAUCCACAUUGUUCUUCCCAGUCCUAUUAUCCACAUUAUUGCCCCACCCCAUUGCCCACAUUGAUUGCCUCUGUCCUCUUGUUCAUCCAAUAUGAUCGCCCCACCCCCAUCGUUAACAUUGGUCUCACCGCCCCAUCGGUCCAUUCCUUCUCCAUUAUGAACCAUUAAUGGUAGGGCAUUAUUAGUGUGUAUAUAAGAUUGUGUGACUAUUACUAUAUUCAGUACAUAGAAAACUUGUGAUAUAUAAUAGAUAUGUAUUCCGAGGCCUUAGUUUGACUAGUAGUGUUCGUCAUGUGUACAGGUACUAGUUACAUGUUGUGAUUCCCAUGUAGCCCGCCGUACUGCUGUUAUCAGUCCCAUCCGCACAGCUGCUGGUUUUAUGACUUUAUUUUUUAUCUCUUCAUUCUUUUAGUCAAUUAGAUUUAUAUAAUUUCAUAAACCCAUAUUAGUAUUACAGCCGAAAUAACAUUGAUAUAUAACCAUAUGAAACCAUGCAAGAAAGAUACUUUUAAAGAAAGUAAUAUUUAGUAGUAGAUGUCAAUCUCUUUAGUAUUUUAUUUUAUGUGUUUAAUUUAUUUUAGUUUUGUAUGUGUAUAAUGCUAAAUCUCAGUAGUUUGAGCAGUUUUUUCAAAUGUGUCAUGAUGUUUAUCAAAGAAUAAUAAUUAGAUGUUAUAAUCAAUACAUGUAUUCACUAAUCAAAAACUAGCUCCACAUUCACUAAAUCAAGACAUACUCAUGUUUACAAAUUACAGGAGCACAAGUUAAUGAGGUCAAUUUGUAUGCGUUUCGUUUUGUUUAUAUAUUUGUUUUUAAUUUUGCUCUUUUCUAACCGAUGUAAGCUAAGCUUUAACUAGUAUGACAGUAAAUGUAAUCUCUUGUUUAUGUAUUCAUGUACAUGAAAUGUUUUCAUGGGAAUUUUUUGUUUUGAUAUGAGCCGUUGUUGAUCGAUGAAACUACCGCAGUGAGAAACGCCCCAGUUAUACAAUGCUGUUGUACGUAGACGACAUAAUGUAAUGCCUUAGAACUCGGUGAAUUACUACACUGUUAUUUUUUUGUGGUGGUUCCUCGUGUGUGACGACAUAACUUACCUUACCUACCCGCCACACCAAGGCGUUUUUGUGGUGGUUCCUCGUGGGUGACGACCUUUCUUACCUUACCUACACGCCGCACCAAGGCAUUUUUGUAACACUGUAUAUUACAUGCUAUUUCCUUCUCUCCAAGUUGUCUCUCUCUUAUUUUGCAGCAUAUAACAUACCAUUACAAAAUCUUAAAUGUUUUGAUCCAGAGAAAUUAGAGCAGCAAAAAAAAAAGUAGCUGAUUAUUCGUAGGGGUUUGGGUUUGUGAUUAUUUUAAAUUAUGAUAAAUACUGCCAAAUUAGGGAUUCACCUAACUCCACUUA